AUGGCAGGGUUUUUUGAAGCUGAAGAUUUCAGCAAUUUUCGAACUCGACUGGAUGAAGAGACUGCGCUGCUGAAAGCGGUAUUUGAUCAGCAGGCUUUUUCGAGACGAGGUGAUGUUGCUGGUUUUGAGCUUGAAGCCUGGUUGAUUGAUAAGCAGGGUAAACCGCUGGCGGAAAAUGAGCAGUUUCUUGAGAAGCUCGCAAGUCCGCUGGUCGUACCCGAACUGGCCAAAUUUAAUAUAGAACUCAACGGCAGCCCCUGCGCGCUGACCGGCAAGGUGUUUUCGCGAUUGCAUGAUGAGCUGUGUGCCACCUGGCAACAUUGUCUGGAAACAGCCGAACAGAUGGGCUGCAAUCUACUGACCAUUGGCACCUGUCCCACCGCUCAACCCGAACUGUUUGUUGAUGACAAUAUGUCGGGCAUGUUGCGCUAUAAAUCUCUGAACGAUCGAGUCAUGGCCCUGCGAGAUGGCCAGCAGCUGCUGAUUGAUAUCGAUGGUGAUGAUGCGCUGGCACUGCGUCAUCACGAUGUGAUGCUGGAGGCUGCGGCGACCUCUUUCCAGAUUCACCUGCAGUGUCGUCCGGAAUAUGCGGUUCGCGACUUUAACGCCAGCCUGAUUGCUUCUGCACCGCUGGUCGCGGCAGGCGCAAACUCCCCGUUUUUAUUUGGUAAAACCCUCUGGGAUGAAUCACGCAUACCGCUGUUCGAACAAAGUGUGGAUGUUGGACCGCGCAACAAACCGAGGGUGACCUUUGGCUCGGAUUACGUACAUGAAUCAUUGUUUGAAAUAUUUGAAGAGAAUCGCACAGAACAUCUGAUUCUACUGCCUAUGGUGCAGGAUGACCCACCCAGCAAAUUCAGUCAUCUGCGUUUUCAGAACGGUACUAUGUGGCGCUGGGUGCGGCCGCUGUUGGGGUUCGAUUUUGAUGGGCAGGUGCAUCUGCGUAUUGAGCAGCGUGUACCGAGUGCCGGCCCAACUCUGAAAGACUGCGUUGCCAACGCCGCUUUCUAUUACGGUAUGGUGCGUGGAUUCAGUUUGCAGGAAACACCGCCUGAACAAAGCCUUAAUUUUCAUGACGCUCGCGAGAAUUUCUAUACCGCCGCGCGUUAUGGUUUGAAUGCCCAGGUCGUCCAGCAUUCGGAACGGCCACGCCGCGAAAUAAAUAUGUCAGCCUGGAUUCUUGAAGACCUGAUGCCGCUGGCGCGUUUGGGGCUGGCGGAUCUUGAUAUCCCCGGAGAUGAAAUAGAUGAGUAUCUGGGCAUAGUUGCGGCGCGGGUGGAAAAUGGUCAGAACGGUGCUGCCUGGCAGCGACGCUGGAAAACUUUGAAUCAGGGCUCGUUGCAGGAUAUGGUGCGGGUCUACCAGGAACUGCAGGCGUUAUGUGAAGUUAUGGCGAAGCUUGCAUCCGCUGAUGCGGAACCUGAGCGAAGCCUGAUUCUUUUUGUGGGUAACGUGGCCGCGGCGGCACAAGGUGUGCGCAGCCUGCAGGGCCAGAUGGAUUUUAAUCGCAUCUGGCGCGGAGAACAUGGUAUGACCGUGCUGGCGUCGCAGGUGCUCGACAGGCUGGCGCAAAUCGAAUUGUUCGCCGCGCUGGAUAUUCACAACAAUACCGGCCGUAAUCCUCAUUAUACGGUGCUGACGCAGAUAAAUAGCGCCACCGUUGGUCUGGCGCUCCUGUUUUCCGAGAAGGCUGUACUGGUAGAAGAGCCGGAUACUGUACUGACCCGUGCGGUUCAACAGUUCUGCCCCUCAACGACGGUAGAAGUUGGACCUGUGGGAGACCCGCAGAGUGCCGCGCGUACAGUGUCUCUGCUGGAACACUACCUGACGCUUGGUCAGGUUCCGCAGGCGGAUGUUGCCGAGCUGCAGAUGCACCAUGCGUUGGCCAGAGUUCAUAUCAUGCCCGGGGUAUCUUAUGAAUUCGCAGAUCAGGUCACUGAAUCAGAAUAUUCCAAGUAUGACCUGAUUCUGACCGCCGGUAUGGAGUCAGUAAACUUUCACCCUGUGGCGGCGGGUAUGGAGUUUGGUUUUACCCAUAAACCGCUGGCGCAGACGUUGCAGGUAUUAGAUACGCUCCAUCGGGAUGUUACACCCCAAUUUUUAACUGACAAGAACGGCCACGUUACUCUGGCGCGCCCCCUGGUGCCUGCCAUGUACACAACAGAUAAAGCUGUCAUUGCCCAGGAUUGCCUAUGUUAUUUUAUGGAGCGGAUAUAG